GUGCUAAAAUGAAUGACUUCUUUCCUAAUUUGGAAACAAAUUCACUUUAUGAAUGAUUUACAGCCACACAAAUUUUCAAGGCUUACUUUGAACCACAAAUUUCAAAUGUCUUCCCUCUUUCUUAAAUGUCGUGGUCAGGGGCGGAUCUACGUAGAGCCCAGGGUGUUCAUCCGAACCCCCUUCGUCGGGAAAUUACACUGUUUAUAUAGCGUCAAAAUUUUAUUUUAUGUGUAUAUAUGUAAUAAUGAACCCCCUUAUUACAAUCCAAAUACUUGGUUGAGCGGCGAAGGGGGUUCAGUUUCGCGCAUGGGAUGCGGGUUCGAACCCCGCUUGCAACAUAUUCUCAAUAUUUUUUCCUUCAGGCGUUUUCAAUAUUUUUUAAAACAAACAAAACGACCACGUUUAAUAACUGGGCAGAUCUAAUUGGGAUUUGAAUAAAAUCCCUAAUCUAAAAGGCAAAUAAUAAAAAAACCCUAUUGCAUAGUUCCUGCUCUUUCACUCUUUUACAUUUCACACGACCUCACUAUUCAUUUCUGCCUCUUACAUUUUUUUUUUGCUCUAUUGAUACUUGAUUGUUGCUGAAGCUGUUGCGCUCGUUGUUGCUCUCCAGUCUCCAUCCAUGGCUUCCUCAUCUCAACAUUCACUGAAAAAGUAUUUUACCAAAGUACCAAAAUCAAGUUUAGCGUCUCCUAGUCAACUUAACCAAGAAGCAAAUGCCAACUGUUCAGAAGUAGCGUUACAUUCUUCUCAAGAAUUUGAUUUGAGUACUUUAAACUAUGAUCCGGGUGAAAGAACUCCAAUUUUGGACUAUCAUCCAAAUCAUCGUGAUGUUAUUAGAAGAGCAUACCUUCAGAAUGGCCCUUGUCAACCUCGGUUGCUUCAGCGUGAGUAUCCUCAAACGAAUAUUUCUGGAUCAAUGCGUCGUUUUAAUUCUGAAUGGUUUGAUGAUGUAUAUCAUGAUUGGUUGGAGUAUAGUGUUAGUAAAGACGCAGUCUAUUGUUUGUAUUGUUAUCUAUUUAAAGGCCAUAGCAUUCAUCAAGGUGGAGGUGAAGUAUUUUCAACUACUGGGUUUAAGAGUUGGCACAAAAAGAGUAGUCUUGGGGGACAUAUCGGUCUACAGAACAGCGUACAUAAUCAAUCAAAAAAGAAAUGUCAAGAUCUAAUGCGACAACAACAGUCUGUUGAAUUUUCACUUGGGAGACAAUUUAAUCAAUUUAAACAUGCAUAUUGGGUUCGCUUAAGUGCUUCAGUUGAUGUAGUAAGGCUUCUUGUAACUCAAGGAUUUGCAUUUCGAGGUCACGAUGAAUCUAAAUCAUCACUUAGUAGGGGUAAUUUUCUUCAUAUUCUCUCAUGGUAUGGGAAAAAGUGUGAUAAUAUUCGUGAUUAUGUACUGGAACAUGCUCCUCAAAAUGAUCAAAUGACUUCUCCAGGGAUUCAGAAAGAUAUAGUGACAUCAUGUAAAAUAGAAACAAUUAAAGCUAUUCUUGAUGAAUUAAAUGGUGACUACUUUGCUUUACUAGUUGAUGAGUCUUUUGAUGUGUCACGCAAGGAGCAAAUGGCUAUUGUCUUACGAUAUAUUGAUAGAAAGGGAAUUGUGAUGGAGCGACUUAUUGACAUUGUUCACGUUCAAGAUACUAGUGCUUUAUCUUUAAAGAGGGCGAUCGUUAAUUUACUUGCUCAACAUUCCUUGAGUCUAUCACAUGUACGUGGACAAUGUUAUGAUGGGGCAAGCAAUAUGCAAGGUGAGAUCAAUGGCCUUAAAAUGUUGAUUAGGCAAGAAAGUAGAUCGGCUCAUUCCAUUCAUUGUUUUGCUCAUCAACUUCAACUAACUCUUGUUGCAGUCUCUAAAAAAUGUAUUGAAGUGGGAAAACUUGUGGUAUUGGUUUCAAAUAUUUUGAAUGUAUUAGGAUCUUCUUUUAAGCGUAUGGAUGAAUUUCGAGAUUCUCAAAAAGAAAGAAUUCAAGAGGCAUUAGAUAUGGGUGAGCUUAUAACCGGUAGGGGCUUGAAUCAAGAACUUGGUCUUUCAAGAGCUUGUGAUACUCGUUGGGGAUCUCAUUAUAAAUCUUUUAACAAUUUUAUUCUUAUGUAUGGCUCUAUUGUUAAUGUUCUUGAAUCACUUGUUCACGAUGCACGAUUAAUGGAUGAAAGAGCCAAGGCAAUGGGAUAUCUCGACGCUUGUCGAACAUAUGAGGUUGCAUUCAUGUUGCAUUUGAUGAGUGAGGUUUUAGCAAUCACAAAUGAGGUUAACAAAUGCUUACAAAAAAAGGAGCAAGAUUUGGCAAAUGCCAUGCUACUUCUUGAAGUAGCAAAAAUAAGGUUGCAAGCUUAUAGGGAUGAGGAAUGGGAUUCUCUCAUUGCUAAGGUAUCUUUAUUUUGUAUCAAGCAUGAAAUUUUGGUACCUAACUUUAAGGAUCCAUAUGUUAGCUCUUUAAGAUCACGACGAAGACUUGGUGACAAUACAGUCUUACAUCAUUAUCGUGUUGAAGUGUUUUGCAAUAUUAUUGAUUGGCAACUUCAAGAGCUUAAAGAUCGUUUUGGCGAAGCGACGACUAAUUUGCUUCGUGGAAUUGCUUGUUUGAAUCCAAUUGACUCUUUUUCAAGUUUCGACAUCAGAAAGAUAAUGAAAAUGGCUGCGUUAUAUCCUGAUGACUUUGAUGAGUUCAAUAUGAGUGCUCUUGAGAAUCAACUUGCAAGUUACAUUAUUGAUGUUCGUGAUGUUGAUGAAAGGUUUUUCGAUCUAAAAGGGCUUUGUGAUCUUUCGAAAAGAUUAGUUCAGACAAAGAAGCAUUCAAAUUAUCCUCUUGUAUUCCGCUUAGUGAAACUUGCUUUGCUUUUGCCAGUUGCCACUGCAUCCGUUGAAAGAGCUUUUUCGGCAAUGAAGUUUAUCAAGAAUGACUUGCGGAGUCAAAUGAGUGAUGAUUUUUUGAGCGGUUGUUUGGUGCCUUAUCUAGAAAAAGAUUUAUUUGAUAAUAUUUCUAAUGAUGCUAUUAUUAAGACAUUUCAAGAAAUGAAACCUCGUAGAGUACAAUUGUAAA